AUGGUCUUGACAUGGUACUCACCCGCUUCUCUUGUGUUCAGUAGAAUAAGCCGUGAUGGAGAACUCUCAACUUCAUUGAUCAAUACCGUAGCCCGCAAUCGGUAUACUGUAGAAGGUUUGAUGUCGUAAUUGUGUGCAUCUAGACGAAUACAGUAUUGA